AUGCUGUGCCUGGAGGUUGCCGUGGAGACGAAGAGCCUCGGGUCUGUUGCAUUGGCUUUUCCUGGAGAGCUGAGCUUGCUCCAGAAAGAAAUGGAAAAUCCAUCACUAUGCAUAGAAUCUAAAUACAUCAAGAAUCUUCAACAGCAAAUUUAUUUCCUUGAAUUGGAAGCUAAGUUUCUUCGUGAACAGACUAAAAAAGCAAUUAAUACUCAGCCUCUCCUUGCAUGUGAAAUGGAACAUAUGCUACAAAAUCUACAGACAUUACAGUGUAAGGCUGAUAGCCUUGAUCUGGAGCUGAAGCGAAAGAAAGAUGGUUUAAACAUACUGAUGAUGGAAAGAAAUCAACUUAAUAACCAAAUCAGUAUGGCUAAUGAGCAGCAUUUAAAAGAGAAACAGGGUUUGAUAGAGGAAAUCAGACAAUGGAAGAGAAAGAAGGCAGAGAAAGAUGAGCAAAUCUCGGCAAAAGAAAUUGAGAUCUCGUGUGCUAAGCAGGAACUGGAAGAACAACAAAUGAAUCUGAAAAACAAAGAACAAACUAUCCUUAUGCUAAAAACAAAGGUGACGCAACAGUUGGAACGGCAAAAGGCAAUGGAGUUGGAGCUUUCUGAAAAGAAAAAGGAAUUAUUGGAUACCCAGUCUGCUGUACAUGAAAUGGAAGAAAAAAUCCUUAAGAAAACAGCAGCAAUGCAUGCUCAAAUUACUCAUGAAUUAAGGAAUGAGACAUCUUUUUUGCACCAUCAAAUUCAUGAACGAGAGCUUCUGGCAGAACAGGACCGUCUCUUACGAAGUAAAAUAGCAGAUGAUUAUGCAGCUUUGACCAAGGAAAAUAAUCUCUUGCAAUCCAGGUUUUUGGAACUUGUCAAACAAACAAACAUUGAAAGAGUUCUCAAGGAAGAGAUGUAUACAGCCCAUUCAGCAAGCAUUCCUCAAUUUCUGACAGUGAAAGAUCAGGAAGAGCAACUGCAACAUGAGAUUAAGACACACCAAGACCUUCUGGAACAAGAAAUGAGCACCUUCCAGGAACUUGAAGAUAAGAUUAGCCUGUUAGAAAAAAGAAGCACAACUGUUGAUUUAAAUAUUGCAACAUUGAGUAGCCGAAUAGCUGACGUUAGAGCUAUGCUAGAAAAAGAAGAACAAGACAACAUUGAACUAAAAAGGGAGAAUUCUCUGCUAAUUGAUUUUGCAUCUAAUCUAAAAAAACAGCUUGCUGGAAAAGAAAAUAGUCUACGGGAGGCAUCAAAUAAGAUGCUGGGCCUGGAUAAAGCAAUUUCAGCUUUAAAAAUGAAGCAUACAUUACAUCAAUCUCUUCAAUCAGAAAAAUGGGACAAAAUCUCCAAAAUGGCAAAUUCCAUGAUGAAACUCAGCAAUUCAAUGGUGAAUAUUAUUGAUAGAAUAGGAAAAGAAUAAUUGAGAUGUGUUAAUGAGCUUUGAUUUCCUGUGAGAAAUGUUGAAUUGUGUAUGAUUACAUAGAACCUUCUUGAAUCAUGUCAAUUUAAUAACAUUAAUUAUUCCUUGAAUCAUGACUGUACACAGAAGGAAGAUGCAGUGGUAUAUAGGAAUGACUUUGGGAGAUAGGAAGAAGACCCACAGACGGAUGGGUCUUGAUCUAGUCAAAUAAGCAUUGGUCAGAUAAGAAGCAGCUGAGCCCUCAGAAGAAAUGGGGGCAUGGCAAAUUUUAGAACGGACUCUUUCUAGUCUCUUGAGGUGUAAAGAGAAGGGUGGGGUGAUUAUGUUCAGGCUCACAAGAUUCUGUAUAUUUAACAUUACAAUAAAGAUGGAGCUGGUAUUUCUGGAUAUGCUUCUUGUCUGGACUAUGCUUCUUGCAAGGCUGAAAUAAGAUGACUUUGAAAUUGAAAUCUUCAAAAGCAAUUGUAUAAAUUUAAGCAUAAUCUAUGCUUACUUACUUUGAAAAUAUGUAUACAUUUAAUUAUUACUGGUGGAACAGUAAUUUAGAACAUAUUUAAAAAUAAUUAUAAUUGCCAGGGCACAGUUUAUUUUAUGGCAUGAAAUUAUUUUUUUACCAAAGGACAAUAUUUAAUAGAAUUUAAUGGGUUUGGCUCCCAAGAAACAGAUUGCACUAAGAAUAUAUCUUAUUUAAUAGAUUUUUAAAAUGUUAACUGUUAAAGCUGAAAGCAGCAGCAAAUAAUAAUGUACUGCAUUACAGGAUAAUAGGUAAUACCUGGCAGCAUUUAUUUUACCCUGCAUCUUCAACUUUAUAUGUAAGAUUUUAGACCAUUGUACAGAAAUUUAAAUUUGGUAACCUUUGUUUAAAUGAUUGCGUGUCAUC